AGGUGCGGAAGUUUGAUUGUCGAUCUCGCCCUAAAGUUUAGUUCUAUUGUCACGGAAAAACGGGUGUUAAAUAUCCUUAAGGAAGCUGCUAAAGAUGGGACUUUUUGGGAGUUCAGUGUGGAAACAUCAUCGACUAUAGGGGCACGACCUGCUAAUAAAAGUGCAAAAUCCCCAGAUGGUGGUACAUCUACUCCAAUAACACAUAAUGGUAUGAUUUCAGGUUAUUAAUUUUAUUCAUUUGACAUACAGAGUAUUUUUAAGUAAAAUUCUUCAGACUGUUCACCUUAUUUACACGCAGCAAGGGGAAAAGCCCUCGUCAAUAUUUGUAAGGUGGUCUGUAAGAUUACCAGAAAACCUUAGAGGAUAUUUUUCCAGUUUUUGCUUUGUUUUGGAUUUUGUUGCGUUUUUUCUAAAUAUAUUUGGCAAAGUUUUCAACGGUUGAAAAGCUACAUGUAUGUUCAUCUGUGACACUUUCCUGCAUACAAUUUGGAAAAGGACAAUAUUCUUAUCCAUUUUAAUUGAUAAGAAUAAAGAAUGAAAAUUACAUUCUUCAUCGGAUUCCAGCGCCAGUUUUACAACAGUCUGGUAUGAUAUUUUAUACUCUCAGUUACUUUUAGUAUCACUUAUCGAUUUUUCACAGAUCUACCUCAUUUUGGCGAUAUCAUGAUUAUGGAAUCAGGCAAUUCAAGAUGGAGGAAUCAGAGGGCAAACCUUUCCUAAUAAUACUUUUCUCCUGAAAGUCACAAUAAGCCCAAUCUAAAUAGACCUCAACACCUAACCCUUCUUUCAACUCCCAAAUCUUGAAAACACUGUCUAGAACCAUAGUCUAAUUGUCUUAUAACCUCCUUCAAGAAAGGAAAAGUAUUCUGAAAUAAGACAAAUUACUUAAUUUCACUGUCUUUCUUGAAUUGAGAGAUCAAAACGCUUUUAUAAAACAUUCAGCACUUAUCGAACGAAGCUGACUAAGGUGUAAAGAAUUAUGCAGAUAGAGAAGGAUAUCAUCAGCUAAGGGCUGGUGGAUAGCAGCCUCAGAGAUACGCAUAAUCCUACGGUUUCAGGAUAUAAAAAACUUUUUUUUCUUGCAUUAUAUUCUUUUCAAGUAGAUGACAUCCAAUGACCCGUUCCGUUUUAUGUCAGAAAGUCGGCUACUGUUUCGUCUUCGGACAGCCAUGAAGGAACACGAAAGUCAUUUUCCUUAUUUCACUCAGUCAUAAAGAGCUACGCUGCCAACGCUCUGCACAACUGAAGCAGUUACUGCCUGGAAACGAGGCUGCAUGCAAUAUACCAUCGCGUAUAGUAUGGUAAGCGCCUGCUGGCUAUGAAGAAUUAGCUGGGGAAUUGAAGCUAUAGAGAAACGGCGAAAUGUUUUGAAUGAAUAAUAGUUAUACUUAUUUAAUCCUCAAACUUUACAAUAUUUAGAAUCUUAAGAAAAAUAUCCAUUUCCCCAAACGUCAAAUUUAAAAACAAAGAAUUCAGGAAAUGUCAAUUGUUGAUUGCAGUUGAGGUCUGUGUUGGCUGCUCAUGUAACUGCAACCUGUUAAAAGCCUUGGUCGGUGUCUUUGCUGCUGUAAUCGUGGCACUUAGUUUCUACAUCUUGUGGCUGCAUAGGAAAGGUAACAAUUUCAUAAAUUUGUACCCAUAUUUUCAUUAAUGCUGUCAACCAUUAAUUACUGUCUACCGAUAAAGUUUGGUUUUAAUUCCCCUAUCAGUUUGGUCCACGCUUUCACAUCGUUUAUGACUUAAAAGAGUUUCAUGGAGGCAAUAGGUUAGAAUAGAGAGACAAUUUAUGAUAUACUUUAGGAAUGCAUAAGGUCCGAUGAUUUCUAGAACAGUGGUCUACAACAGUUACACUCAAUUUGUUGAAAUAACCCAACCCAGAGACUUGAAGAGCCUCAUUUAGCACCGCUUACGGUUACGCUUUGUUUUCUAGGGAUACCAAGAAAAGCAAGGUAGGCCUGUGACUUAAAGAUUCGCUUCUAUAUAAUCACCUUAUCCUCCUCUCAAAACAGUACACCUACAACUGUAAGCUUAAGAAUCCUAUACCGACAAAAGCUGUUUUUUUUAUAGUAAAAGUGAAGGCAGUUUUUGAAAUGGAGCGUCGGAUAGCGAAAGAGAGGAAUAUACUCUCCUUUCAUUUCAAAAAAUGGGAUAAGCUCCUAACACAGGGACAUCAUCUCAAACUCCUAUAACUCCUAUAAACAUCAUCAUAUAUAGCAUCAUCAUAUAAAAUAAUCAUAAUUAUUAGUAUAUUUUAUGGAACCUUAACUAUCUAUCUUUUAUAAAAAGAGUUAACACCACGUGAGGCGACCUUACAUCUUUCUAUGUAUUUAUUGUUAGCAGUAAGUCUGUGAGGAUUUGUAAGACCGGUGUAACUGAAAAAUGUAUGUGGGUGUGGGGGGCAUUUAUAUGUGUGAAGUCUUGAUAAGUAGGUACUUGUGCUCAUUGAUAAUCUAUGUAGUGGUCUGUAAAGUUGCUUGUAAUAAAUAAGUAAAUAAUUAAACAAACAAAUAAAAAAGGUAGGCCUAUGACGUGCUGUCCCUUUNCGGUGUAACUGAAAAAUGUAUGUGGGUGUGGGGGGCAUUUAUAUGUGUGAAGUCUUGAUAAGUAGGUACUUGUGCUCAUUGAUAAUCUAUGUAGUGGUCUGUAAAGUUGCUUGUAAUAAAUAAGUAAAUAAUUAAACAAACAAAUAAAAAAGGUAGGCCUAUGACGUGCUGUCCCUUUUUACCGUUCUUAAGGGGAAUUUUUUUACGAGUAUCAAUUUCUGCAUGAUUCGUCAGUAAUCUCUCCAUGGAGCUAGCCUCAUUGACAGAAUAAAAAUGUUUAUCCGAUUGAUUUCCGUGAAAAUAGCAAAUUAUUGGAUCUCGUGAACGCAAAUCCCAAGAGUAAAUUUUUGGCAUGCUGUUUCUUUAACUACUACCGGAAGCGAUUGAAUCUGUUCGUUCACGAUCUAUGAUUUAUAGGAUGUUCUUUUAAUAAUCGAUUGUAUACAAUUAUCCUGGGGUCGGUAGAUGAGUACAACCUAUUGGUGUAGUGUUUCUUUUAGGUCAUUGAAGGAGAUGAACGUCAAGGAAGAAAGAAACAGUGUAUGUAGGAAGUACUUUUUUAUGAAGCUAUAAAUUUUUUUAGUCCAUUUAAUUAGUUCAAAAGGCUUGUUAUUUACACUGACGAAUACGCAAAUAAUUCGAACGGGCUUUUAUCUUUAAUUAGCCCGCAAUGGAAAUGAACGAUUUUCAGUCAGGCCACACAUCUUCAAGAGACAAUAUAUCUGAUGUUUCGUCUCCAAUCCAAUAUAUGGCUCUGGAUGCAGCACGACGUUCAAACGAUCCAGCAGAAAGCCAAUUGACAGAAGACGCCUCAGAACUUGGUCAGUACGCACCCUUGAAUCUAUCGACUCUUUCGUUCGAGAUUCCCCGAGAAAACGUGACUAUUGAAAAGAUAAUUGGACAGGGCUCUUUUGGUCAAGUUGCUAAGGGAACAGUCAUGAGCCUCCAUGAAAGACCCCAAGAGACCCUUGUGGCUAUUAAAAUGCUUAAAGGUAUGAGUCGAAGUAAGGAAAAUUCUUAGUAAACAAUUGGAGAGCCAGUGUUGUCCCCACAACUAAGGACGCUAUAACUCAUUAGAAGAAGUAAUUCCUGCCCAUUAACAGUCAUCACAGUGUGCCAGGGGCACAGCCAAACUUUGGCCGGUGGUAGGCCACAGUUUCUCACGUCAUUUCCAAAGUCCUUGUAAUUACGUUUGCUUUUCUAUGCGUGAAGCAUUUUUGUGGUUUUUGGUUAAAGCGAACGCGUUGAAGGGAGAGCCUACGUAAGAGUGGUGUGUGUGUGCUGUAGGGGGGGGGGGGGGGGGGGGGGAUGGGGGGUUGGGGCGAUGUAUGUUUUUUUGAAAAAAUGGCAAAUUUUUUUUUUCUGAAAGGGUUAAAAAUUAUUUAAAAUUUUUAAUCGUUGUUAUUUUGUUAAAAUUUAAUUUCAAAAAAAUUAAUUUAAACAAAAAUGAAGAAAGUCCUUGAGAAAGUGCACCUUUAGCUCAAGUUAUGGUGCAUAAACUAAGUAAAUUCUACAAACGUAGCUCAUAUCUCUUGCAGCAAACGCUCCAGAGCCUGACAGGAAGGAUUUGUUAUCAGAGCUUGGGGUGAUGAAGACGUUAAAGCCUCAUCCACACGUCAUCAAGCUGCUGGGAUGCGUCACCGAAUAUGGUAAAUUAUUUGCAAAAACAUCAGCGCCUAUCUUUAACCCUUGUUUGUCAACCCUGUAUAAAAUAAAUGCUGUUUGUUCUUGUUACAAAUAUAUGCUGAUUAAAUUGACAGACGUUUUCUAUUAUACACUUGAUAUACUGUUAUCAUGAUCAUCUGUAAGAUAUGAGCCUAGUAAGUUUCAAUUUCACGUAGAUCCCUUAUUGGUAUUGAUUGAGUAUGUUCCGUAUGGAGAUCUCCUUGGUUACCUGAGAAAGAGCCGUGGAUUAAAUGACACUUAUUACAAAGACCCAGAUAUCAAACCACAAACAAGUUUGACGUCACAACAGCUGAUGAAGUUUGCUCGGGAAAUUGCUGAUGGGAUGAGUUACCUCUCCUCGAGAUCUGUAAGUUGAAGUAUUUUCUUGCUGUCUUUGGUUCUGACUGUGACAUUUUGCAAAGUAAUCAACAGACGAGAAAGGUGUCAGCACCUUUUAUUUCAAUUGUGUGAAUAUACUUGAAUAACGUAACGUUUACGUAACGUCACGUUUAACCUCUCUUAAAAUAUUAAUGUAUAUACAGGGACCGCGGAGCAAGGUGAAAAGUGGCAGGGCUGACAAUUGAAAACAUUUUUUUCAUAUUGAAAAUCGAAAAAACGAAUAAAAUCAUAGUAUUUGAUUUGUUUCUGUCGCGUGACUUUGCAUACUUUAUCCAGUGUAUUUGUUGCUCUUUAUAGGUCGGCCAACAUACACGGUCAGUUCAGAUUCAAUGCAAGAAAAGACGCGAUUACAAUUUAAGUAUAGAAAAUACUACACUGAAGUGAUCUGUAAAAUUUCUAGCUAUCGCCGUUCACUGUUCAAGUAAUGUAAUUCUUCUUGCCAUCGAAUAUUUCAUUGAUUCGAAAGGAGAAACUGACAAAAGAUAAAACUUUUAUCAACUCAAAACAACUACUCACCUUCGUUUGGCUUGAAAAAGCUAGUAAUUUUCUUCAUUUCGUCUGAUAAAACUGAUAAAAAACUCUGCCGGAGCUGGAAGUACAAAACAAGCUGCCGAAAGAAGCGAAGGGGUGGCCAAGGCAUGGCGUUUGAUCAAGGGGCAAGUCGGCCCCGGAGCACAAUUACCGCGAAAAGCACAGGAGCCCCACAAAAUGCCUGGCGUUUGAAAUAAAGAAAAUACAGAGAAUAUAGCGGAAUAUAGACGGAAAAAACUUGUUUCAAGUCUUUUUUUAUUUUAAUUAUUUUUCUUUUUAGCGCAAAAAGUGGGGGCGGGGGCGCAAAAAAGUGGUGGGGCCGCGGCCCUACCAGCCCCUCCCCCUCCGCGGUCCCUGAUAUACAUCAUUAAUUGUAUUUCUACAAUGUAGAUCUAAUGAAAUCUUUCACAGAUUAUUCACCGAGACCUUGCCGCUCGAAACGUUCUGGUUGGAGAAAGAGAGACUUGUAAAGUGACUGACUUUGGGAUGGCAAGAGAUGUGCAACAGGAAAACAUAUAUGAAAGGAAGACAAAGGUGUGUAAAGCAUGGGAAAAAUACACAUAAUGCAGAACCAGUAUAAUAGAGACUACGAAAGGCUUGGUUUAUGUCAUCAGUUUCUUGGUCGAAAGUCUUAAAAGGAGCUACACCCCAAACCAAAAGUUGCAAAUAUGUUGAGUUUUUUUUUGUUUGUUUGUGUUUGUUUUUUUUUUUUUUCACAGAUAGCCCUUUAGAUUGGAGCCAGAGUCUGUAACGUCGAUGAAACACGUGAUAAUCCUGCUUUCACCUAACUUAGAAUUUAGCCUCUAAUAAGAGAGCCCCUUUAAUUUAUCCUCUCUUGCCUGUAAUAGCAGAGAAAUGGAUAGAGUUGCUUAAGGCUGCAGUGAGUCAUGGGCUUUAUUAUUGCAAUAUACAGUAGGUUGAGGCAUUUUCUCCCCGUUGUUUUCCACCUUCUGUUUUUAGGGGUUCUCGUGCUUGGGUUUGAUGCUCAUACUUAAGACGUAUUUUGCUGUUGCCUCCGACAUUAGUUUUUAGGGAGAAUUAAUGAGAGACCUGGUUGCUCGGCUCGGAGUUUGUUAUAGAACAAAACAGUGAUCAUAACGUUCGAAACAUCGUUUCAAGAUCUUAUUUUUUGUCUUUGCUUUGAUGCUUUAGUGAGACAGUGCAUAUAUUUGUCAUUUCUCGGCUUACAUUCGUACAUGCUGACUAUCCAAUAUUCUCCGUCCAGUUUGUAUCUGUAUUGCUUUCAUUGUCUGUCUUUGUAAGGGUCGUUUGCCAGUGAAAUGGACCGCAUAUGAAGCUCUUCUUCACGGAAGAUAUACUACCCAAAGCGACGUGUAAGUGUAAGCUUUUCUUUUCACUUUUUAAUACAAAUAAAUGAAUAUUUAACGUCCGCAGAGCAAAAGCUGAUAGUCAUCGCGCGUGUCAUGGAGAAAAGGGACUACCAGACCUUUCAACGUCCGACUUAUCGGAAGCAGAGCGUUUAAAUUAAUGAUCGCUCAUCGGAACACAUAAAUUUUUGUGUGUGGUGUUUUGGGUACCUCAGGGAUCCCUUUUGUGUCCUGUGUUAUUCUACCUAUAUGUCAUGAACUUGAGGGAAGUACUUCCAGCCAAAGCAAAGUCAUCAAUAUGCGGACGAAACUACGAAUUAUAGUAACUGUAAACUGUAUGAGCUUUAGAGUUAUCACUCCAGGCGAAGAUGCAGAUUUUGUUGUUGAUGUGGUCAUCACAGUGUAACUUUACACUCAACCUUAACAGGAGCAACCAACGAUGGUUUCCUCCUAAAUACAUUGAAAAUACUUUUUAGGCUAUCUAGAAUACAUUUAGAUAUUAAAAAAUGCAUUUUAAGUGGCGCUAUAAAAUUUUUAUGUGUUCCGUCAUCCUAGGGUAACUCGAGUCUUUCCGAUAUUUCAAGGGCUUGGGUAUUAUUUUUCCGAACAUUUUAGAUGAAAUUUGACGUAUUACGGAGGUGAGACUUUUUCUGAUUCCUCUCGUCAUCACGUUUUUGAAUCCAGAAAUUUGAGGUUCCCUUUUUCUACGAAAAAUAGUCUCACUUGGGAAUUAAAAUGUGUAAUUGUAUAAAAUUUAAAAAUGUGAAAAAGAAAAAUGUGAAAAUUAAUGUGAAAAAGUAAAAUGUGAAAAUUAACUUCAGAAAAUCCUAGGAAAUUUAUAACAUAAGCUUCGAAAAUUGUAAAUGAAUGGGACGGUCAUCUAGAGAUUUUUAGUCGUCCUCAAGUAAUAGAAAAUUCUAGGCAGUAUUUUUUUCUCCUAACAGAUAUUGUAAAGAAAACAGUCGUUGGGUGCCCCUGACCUUAAAUCGAACAAGAUUAGACUAAAAGGUUAUACUCCAUCAAUUUCUGUGCAUUUCAACCUUCCUACGAAAGUUCACGAAAAGCUCUGAGAUGAACCGCAAGAUCUCAAGUGUCUGUGCUGAAGAAGUUGAAAUACCUAGAUCCGUGUAUAACGUUUGUAUAACAUCAGAUUAAAACACUUUGCAUAGGAUUCGCAAAGAAUGACUCCUAAGCAAUUUUUGUUUUCUAAGACGACAACAGGUAGAAAAAGCUAGUUUUGUUUUCUUUUUGAGCUACUUAAGCAAGAUUUGCUUAAGUAGGAUUGCCCCCAGUUGUUACACGCAAGGAGCAACAUGCAUUUGCUAAAUAGUUGCACUUUAACCAUUUGACUCCUUUUACGCGCGCUUUUAAAUAAGGUUUACAUUUUGUCCCAAAAAAGGCUCCAAAAGGCUCCAUAUUUUCUCAAAUCACACUUUAUGUUGCUUAUAUGAAGUUGAUUAUCUUAUGAUUCAAUUUCAUUCGUUUUUACGCCAUUUUGGACUAACUUUUGGGCAAUAUUUCCUCGCUGUGCUAAUGAUAACCUUUAAAAAUGGCGUCAGACACGAAUGAGGUUGAUCGAAAACAUGGGGGAGAGGUGUCCCCAAGGAAAUCUUUGUUACAGCCCGCCUGCCAGUCUGACGUCACGUCUUGCGUCAGUGACUUUCAAAAUUGCGAGGAAAGUGUUCAUCGAGGAGACGGAUAAAAAUUGCGAUUUUAUCACGGAAAUACUGUUCCGAUUUCUUGGAUUUGGAGAUUUUAAGGUUUUUUAAAAAGUGCUUUUUUGAAAUGAAAUGUCCAGUGGUGUAAUGAAUUUUAAAUAUUUCUUUCUAUCGUCAAGCAAAAUUUACGGGCAAUCACACCGACCGGUCACACUUUUGAGGGCCAGUGCACAGCAAGAUUGAGUAGUUUAGACACAGCAAUAGGAGGCUCAUCAAAGGAUGUAUUAUACUUUACAUUGUGCGUAUUUCAGCUCUUCAGAGCUAGUGGAACCCCAUAUCAUUCUUCUCAAAGUUCGCUCAGCUGUAGAGUUGAAAGAGGAAGCUAAAUGAAAGGUAUUUGUGAGAGACUGUUAGCACUGAAUCUUGUUGCUUUACCGCAUGUUAAUACUGUAUUGGGCAUACACCCGUAAUUCUGUAAUUAAAUCCCGAAAACCCAUAAAAUUCGUUUAAUUAUUUUUGGGGGGCAACUGACCGUGUGGAGAUUUUAGGGUAAUAAUAUUGAUGAUUAAGACGAUGUACAAAAAGCACGUUUAACUUUCGCCAGUGGGUCACUGGUGGGUGUUGGGUGUAAAUUAGUACAGUUUGUGAUGUACUGUGCGUUGUUUGUCACGAUGUCAACUAAAAUUGAAAAAAAUUCAGCUCUUUCAGAGGAGGGACAUGUCUUGACAACUUAUGGUUUUUUUCUGGUCGUAAGCUUGGCCAGUAUGCAGAUCAAGAGCUUUUGAAAUCCCUUUUCCAAAAUAAAACUCCAAGUCCAGCAGGGUCAGCACUAAGAAUAGAGAAAAAAGGCCAAAAGGAAAAAUAGUAUUGAAAAAAAGAGACCAAACAGAAAAAAAACGGUACAAAGAAACAGAAAAUAGCGUCGCCAGGAGUCGAACCCGGUUUAUCUGCACGUGCAAGCAACUCCUUGACCACUGUACCACAGUGACACACUUGAUUUGAAAAAUUUUGUCAUGUCAAAGCAAUUUUUCUCUGUCAUAGACGCUGUUUGAAGCUGGUGGAGCUGUAUUUAUCAUUAAUUCAAAUAUACAUUUGAGGAAAAUUAGCUUAAGCGCGUAUUUCAAAGCUAUUUCGCAUUAUUUCGGGUUCAACGGGCCGACUCGAUGUAGAUAAUUGAUCGAAUUAGCUUUACUGAAUUUGGUGGAGAAUUAGGAGAUCAACAGAGGCCCACACUCGAAAGGAAUGAUAUGAAGUUAGGCCCGUUUAAUUAGCAAAAGAAUAGAUGAAAUAUAAACAUGUGUGAUCUGUGAAUGGAACCUCCUAUUCUGGAGACUAGACCUUGCCUAUUUUAGGGAAAAAAAAAAUUUAAGUUUCGAUGACCUUGCCGGUUCUGUGAAAUAGAUGGCGAUCCCGCAACACGGCCAGCAAAACAAAUUAACAAAAUUACACAAUCACAGACACAAAAUAUCAAAACGGUUUACACAAGCAGAUUAAAGCAACACCAAAGCUCACACACAUUUGAUCAAAUAAGCGAUAUAUAGCGAUAUUUGCUAGCUUCUUAGCUUUUAAUCGACCUCGCUCGUCCAAAUAACUGUCGUAUCCCUUGCUAAUUUGUACAAGCGACCCGAGGCUCUUGCCUGUUACUAUGUGACGCCAUACUGGCGGGCGGAGUGGGUCAAGAACCUUAGGUGGAAAACAAUAGAUUGACCUUCCCCCCCUGGUCGAACUAUAUUCGAAGCACCGGAUUUUAGCUAUGAUUCAGGUUAGGUGAACCCGUACCAAACCAAACACUAUAAUUUUUAACAUCUACUCUACAACUGGGCUGAAACCAAGUACACUUGCCCCAUUUCGAAAAACACAAAAAAAGGUAAAUCAGAGUAAAACGCAUUGCUGAGUUUUUGGAUUGAUUUGGACAGAUUGGACGUCACCAGUAUGGAAUUUCUGUCACUGAGUCGCAGACGUUCCUCCUCGCGAAUCGUCUCCAGCGAUGAGGAGCGAGGAGAAAAGGCUGUUUUCGCAGGCUUCCCUCGGCCUAGUCUCCCAACUUCUUCGCUUAUGUUCAUUGCCCCCUUAAAUUUUAAUUACCGGACGUCAACUAACUAUUUUUAAAUGGCCUUCCAACCAAGACCUCAAAUAUUUGCCAUUUGUUUUUAACUAGACAGCAGCGAAAAAAAACCUAAUUCGGUCACUUGACUGAUGAAGUCAUUACCCUAGAGGAAACGUGGGAAGACAUUUUAUGGCAAAGGUUAUCUUCUUGUGGUCUGACAUUCUUCUUCGUGUAAAAUUGUCAAAGUUAUAAAGCUUUUUUAAAAAAUGCCUCAAAGGAUUCUGAUAUAAUUUUUAUGAUAAGUAUAAUUUGCUUUAUUAUUAUUAUUGUUGUUAUUGUUAUUAUGCCACUGCAUCCUAAACACAAACUUCUUCCGUACAGCUGCUAUGUCCUAUCUAAAUUGCCCUGGCAUUUCAGUAUAGCAAAUAUAUCCAAAACCUGGAUAACGGAACAUCUCGACUCUGUAGUGAAUGGCUAUAUUCGAAAAUGGCUUGAUAUUCCGAUAUCUGGAACACUGAGCAAUGUUUUCCUAGAACGCAAUAAAUUUGGUCUUAAUAUUUGUUCUCCCUCUAUUAAAUUUACUCAGUGCCAAACAGUUCUCCGAAAUUCAUUAAAAGAGUCACCAAAUGCUUCCUUAGAAGAUCUCUGGAAAUCGUCAAGCUGUCACACUAAUAUUCAAUAUGAUGUGUACAAAUUCACUAAAGAAGUUCUUAAAGAUUUCCGUUCUAAUCAAGAGGAUAAAUUGCAACACCACCCAACAUCUCAAGGUUUCUUCUUCUCAAAUGUUAUCAAGUACUCAUUGUCAUCUGUAAAUUCUAGUCAGAGGCCCAGUCUCAUCUACCCAAGAACAUUUACAAUUUUACCAUCCACUACAUCAACAACUCCCUCCCUACACGUAAGAAUAUGGCAAGAUGGGGAUUAUCACAAAGUCCUGAUUGCUCCUUUUGCCCUAAUCCUGAAUCACUCCUUCAUGUUGCCGCUGGAUGUCAACAGUACCUCGAUCGCUUUACCUGGAGACACGACUCAAUCCUUAACUUCAUUGCCAAGUCACUUCAACCUGUAAUUAAUGUUCACUCUUCACUCUAUGCAGAUGUUAAUGGUUUUCUGAAUCCCUCAAUAAUAACUGGUGAAAAUUAUCGUCCAGAUCUUCUUUUCCUAAUCCAGUCCAAGUGCCUAUAUGUUCUAGAAUUAACAGUUGGUUUCGAGUCUAACCUUAACAACAAUGCAGUGCGUAAGAAAGAAACAUAUCUGAACUUGAUCAACGAAAUGAGUAGAAAUUACAGAUGUGUGAGAUUUGUAAAUCUCUCCAUGAGUUCUCUUGGCGUUUUCUGCGAUGAAUGCUCCACGUUCUUAGACAUGAUGAAUGACAUUGGCAUCGACAAAAAGCAGCAACGUAAUAUAAUCAAGAAAAUGAUAAAUAUAGCCAUUAGAGCAACAUAUUACAUCUUUUGUUGUAGAAAUAGGAACUGGGAUAGCCCAGACUUAAUGCAAUUUUGAUUUUUUUGUUUGGCUUUUGUUUUGUUUUGUUUUUGUUUUUUGCUUUUGUUUUUUGUUGUUGUUGUUGUUUUUUUCUUUUUAAUAGAGACUUUAAGAUCUCGGACGCGACGACUUCUAGAACGCGGUGGCUGAUAAAGGACUGGAACUAGAACGCCGUCGUUUGAACGCGAAAAGUAAAGUUAAGAUCUCCGUCGCGAUGCAAGACGACGCGGCCGCAAACCGCUCUUUGUCAGUGUGAUUCUUCAGCGAUUCUUUCGCAGAAAUAGCCAUGGCAUCAUUUAAGAAAGUCCAAGAAAUGCUUGGUUUGUGCUUUGUUCGAUAGCAUCACCUCCACUUCUUCGUUGACGCUUCGGUUUGUCACCGCUUUCAUCCGCUGAUGAACCUCUUUUCUUCGUCUUUGACAGCUUCUCCAUCGCUUGUAAUCUAACAUCUUCCGCUUUAGCCCGAUCGUAUUGACGUUUUUUGCUAGCUGUUCCCUGUGUUUCCUGUAAUUACGCUUCCUCACUUUCCUCCAACGCGAUUAUCAUAUCCAAUAGGUUUUCUGGUUCCGUUGGCUCAUCGGGAGUUAUCCCAGUUGCUUUUUCCUCCGCUAGAAGUUUCUUUUUAUGCUUGUAAACAAGGAUUCCCACGUGGUCUCGGACUGAUCGCUUAUCAACCCUGAAUUUCGGUACAGUGUAUUUGUUCAAGGUGUCUGCUAUUUUUUCCCACAUACUGCUUCUUUGUGCUGACCCUUUCUUAGUUGUGUAGGGAUUUACAUUGACGACUUCUCUGCGCAGAAUGGCUUCAUGCUCAUGUGUCCAAAACAUUACUGAACUUAAGAGAAGCAUAAAAACACACGCAGUUUAAUAAAAUUAAAUCAAAUAAUACAGGCUUAAAAUUGGCUUUUAGCGGAAGAUGAACGCAAUAAAUCGAGAAUUGCAACGGUACAAGAGACGACAAGAGUAUGCAGAAGACCCCUGCAUUCACUAUUUGUAGUUUUAGCUCGUGUCUUACUUGCAAGCCUUGCUCGAAGUCGAAGUCGAAGGCGCUGCCAUUUUAUAAGCUUCGUACACCUGAAAGAAAUUUAAAAAUAAUCAAAAUCCUUCCAUCUCUGCGAUCUAAAAUGUCGCCAGAAAUUACGUCCAAUGAUCCUAGAAGGCUGAUUUUAUAUGUUUAGAGCAAUAUAUCAUCAUUUAAUUUAAGCACAGGAACAAAUAUACUCACGUUUUGUACAGAACGUCAAACUCGCAAAACCCACGUUCUCGACGCGACGUGGUGACACCAGGACGACGGCUUGAGCAUGCGCAACGUGUCUCCUCUUUGAAAAUUUACUUCCUGUCGCGCGUCUUACAGCCGUCGCGUCUCGGAUCUUAAAGUCCCUAAUAAUCCAAUCUCAAGCAGCAUUUGUAAAUUGCCUAUACGUAGGGAGAUUUACAAUCGACAUUCAAAAACACAAAUAAAGUUUCCAUUAUUAUUAUUAUUAUUAUUAUUGUUGUUAUUGCUAUUACUAUUAUGUAAUUGGUUUAGCACAAAUAAAAAAAAUUAAAAGUAGAUUUAACUGUAUAUUAAAAAAAUAAAUUAAACCAAUAUUUAAUCCCAGAUAUGUCUAUGUUUUUUUUGUUUUCAUAGGUGGAGCUAUGGGGUCUUGCUUUACGAGAUUUUUACAAUUGGUAAGAUGCCAUAAAACCUUCUGAAGUCUUUGUAUUUUUUUAAGUUAAAAAACGUGUAAAAUAUUCUGAACGGAGGAAAAUAUAUCAAGUUUUAUUAAAAACUGAAUCAUUGGAUAAUGCAAUUCUAGAGCUCUGAUUGGCUUGGCCAUCAUGAUAUGUUAUAUACUUAAUGUCAGAUCCCGAGGGAAACAAUUAGUUUUGUUUUCCCGGGAGUCCACACCAGGACUCGAAGGAAAACAAAACUAACUGGCUAACUGGUCUCCCGAGGGACCUGACAUUAAGUGUUUUUUUAUAUUUUUAGACUUUCACUUCAACACCAACAAAAGAAUAACCGGAGCGAAUCAAAACAGUCGAUUCAGUACUUAUAAGAACACAAACAUAAUUCUUAAAACUACUGAAUGAAUGAUUUACAAAAGUACUUUCCGUAUAGUAUCUGCAUCUUUUUCCUCCACUCUUCUGGAAAAACUUUGAAAAUUGUUGCUUUUAUAUAUAGCUUGAGGCUUCAUGAUAGUGUUGUGGACUCUUGUUGUGCCAUCCCCGGGAGUGAAAACUGGCAGUGUUUUCCCCGCCUUCUGUCAGGCCACUUUCCACCACGCUUUGAUCACGUGCUUUAAUGUAUCCCGAGCGGGGUACAAUUGCUCAAAUGUGCCACGAGCGGGAUACAUUCGAUUUUAGUCAAGGCCAUGUGACCAAGAAUCAACCAAUGGAAGUCCCUGUUUAGUUGAGUGAAAGUCUAGGAAUAUAACAAGAGCCAUAUACCAUGCUCUCCAAAUAUGGUAACAGUACGCGUUUGCUUAAAAUUGAAAACAAGUUGAAAAUCGGUUGUUUUUUUUACAAACAAAGACGGAAAGAAUUCUCCAUUUUAUGGGCGUUUUUAAUAGAACAAUUAUCCCACUCGCGCUUGUUGGAUAUGAGAUGAUUAUAGCCAACUUGUAUCCAACACGCACUCGUGGAAUAAUUGUUAAAUAUCAUACUUAAAGCAAGCAUGAUUGGAAGUUCCAGCUGUCUGACACAACUUGUUUAACUCAUAUUAGUUGCGUUAUCAAGUCAGCUGGCAGUAACAUCAUCUUCCAAAUAGUUACCUUAAUGAAUUCUUGAUGCCAAAAUGCUGGGUGAAUGAUUAAAUUGUUCUUUUACAUCAGGGAAGUGAACAUCACCUAUUACACAACAAUAUAACAAUAUAUAAGUGUGCCAAAAUGUUGUUAUAUCAAAAGCUGGUUUUGGUUCUUUUCAGGAGGUUCUCCUUAUCCACGAAUGGAUGGCAGGAAGAUUGUAAAUUUACUUCAGGAGGGAUACAGGAUGCCUAAACCAAAACAUGUGGAUCAUGAACUGUAAGUAAUUAUUUUUGUGUCAGUUUAAUGGCUUUCGUAGUGUUUUACUGUCAUACUAAGUAACCCCGAAAUGAUAAUAACUUAACUAUCAGAGGUAAAUUCGUAAAGAGUAGAAAGCAGUGGGCUUCCUGUACUUUAUAAGACAAAAGGUGAUAAAGUCAUUCUUGUGUCGUCUUGAAAAGACUUGAAGAUUCUUGGUCUUCAUAUCGACGAUAAGCUGUCCUUCAAAGACCACCUGUCAACUAUUUUAGAGGGUCUAUGCCAAGAUUGGAGCUCUGAGACGGUUUAGAAAGCUGGUGCCUGCUGACACCUCACUUACGCAGUAAAAAGGUUAUACACUCCCACUUCUUGAAUAUUUUAGUCCCUUACUGUUAGGGAUUAACAAGACUCUGAACAAGAAACUUGAAUCUGCAAACUAUUAUGCCUUAAAAGCCCUCUUAAAUUUCAGAAACAGCUAAGAUUAUGAUUCUAUUGUCUGCCGUAGACAUGCAAUCACUGGAACAUAGCCGGUACUAUCAAUCUCUUAUCCUUCUCUGUAAAUUUAUGAAAGGAAGUGUUAUUUUUCUAAUUUAUUCGAACCUCAUCGUAUUACUUGACCUUAAGGAGUAGUGAACACAAAUAAUCUCACUCAACCAUCUUAUAAUAAUCGAUAUCAUCACAAUACUUUCACUUACAAGGCUUCGCAUUUGUGGAAUCAGCUACCUUCCUACGUCAAGCUAUCGUCUGAGGGCUGCGUGAAUUUUGCAAGAAUUUGAGAUCAUUUAACUUCAUAAACUAAGGGCCAGUUGCAAAUGUUAUUAUUGUAUUUCUCAGGGAUUUUUUGCUUAUUUAUAUAUUCAUAAUCGAUAUCGUAUUUUACCAAUGAGAUUUCCAUAGUCUUUAAUUAAGUAAAUGGUGGGAGCAGGAGGGUGUAACUUCAGUACCUCUUACAUUCCCGGAUAUAUUAGUGUUUAUAACAGUCUUAUCUAUUUGUAAUCUUUUAGACUAUUAUCAUUUUCAUGUUUUGUAUUAUUAAUAAUAACUGUUUUUGUCGUACGUUUUAUACGGCUUGGAUACUCGGGGAACUCUAUACCACGCUGACAUUAAUAAAUUGAUUGUUUGAUUCAUUGAUGACAUAUUGCACUUAAAUUAAGAGGAUUUUGAGCUUGAAUGAAAAACUAUAAUUUAAGUCACUCAAAUAAAAAAAAUCCCUCCUGUAUAUCAUGGAUAUGUAGUUUUGGGAGACGAAACACUAGAAUGGAACGUUUAUUUUACAGGGAACACUUUCCACUGGUCUCGUUUCGCAGAUAAAGAAACAUGUCCUUGCACUAAGGAUCACUUUAUUUAAAGCGUAUUUUAAUUGUAUCAAUUACUUUGUAUUACUUCUAGGUAAAGCAAUGGUGCUGACCAUUAAGUCAAAAAUCAAGAAUGUAAAAUAUGGGACUAGUUGGACUCCUUAAGAUUACAAUGAAAGCCACCUAUCAUAAAUUGCAACCGAAAAUUAAAUUGAGGACUGUUUUUCAAGAAGUUCUUUCCUUUCGGUCAGCAUAGUAAGGAUCAGAGGAAAUGUCGCUUACCAAGCAAUUUGAUUUUGUGACAGGUACAAAAUAAUGACACUUUGCUGGCUGGAAGAUCCUAGUGCAAGACCUUCUUUUUCUGAGCUGGGGGUGAAGCUGAAAAAGAUGGAGAACCAACAUAAGGUACGGUAACAACACGAAAAAACAUGGUCAACACUGAGUCUCCCUGAGCGGUCCUCCUUCAAUUUUUUUGAUUUCAUUACUGAAAUUGUGCGGAGCUGCAUGCCUAGGUUAACCUGGGUUCUGUUAUGCUAUUUUGGCAGCCAACUGCGACCUUUCUCCAUCCUUGUUUUUUAUACCCUAGAUGAAAAACUACUGUAGUUAUUGUUUAUUGGAGUGAUUAUGUUGUUAAGUUGUGCGAACACGCUGAUAGUAAGAGACCAAUGGACGACAAUAGCUUCCUAUGAGUAUUUAUUUAUGAAAAUAUUCUUCUUAUUCUUAUUAUUAUCAUUAUUAUUGUUAUUAUCGUUAUCAUUAUUAUCAUCAUCGUUGUUAUUACUACUAACUAGUAUUUUACUAUCUAAGAGCAAUCAAACCUUUCCUUUCCUUUUUGAGCUAAACAGACCUCUGCGUAGGAAGGCUGCUGAUAUGGCUUCUUAAAUGAUGAUAUGUAUUUUUUUUCUUUUCAGGGGCUAAUAAACAUGAAAUUGUAUGACCAACAGCUAUAUGCAAACGUUGAAGACUUGACCGUGUAA